AUGGAUUCUGAUCUUGAGGGCUUGAGCUUUACUGAUUUUAUGCUGCAUGGUAAUCUUAAUCUCCCCCUGGUUCAGAACACCUUUGGCCCUAACCUUGAUUGGUCCUUGAUCAACAGUAUCAGGUUUGAUUUUAAUGCCCAAAAUCUUUGGGUUUGGGGUCCUCGUUCGCUGAGAACUUCUGUUGCUUCAGCAGUUUAUGACUACUUGAUUACCCUUGACCCUCAACCUUGGCCUGGUUGGAGCUUUAUCUGGAAAUUGUUUGUGUUGCCUCGUGUCAGGACCUUUAUUUGGAAAUUAGCUCAUGGUAAACUCCCCUCUGGUGAUUACCUGUAUGGUCUUAAUAUUGGUCCCUUUACCCUUUGUCAUUUCUGUGGGCUGGCUCCUGAAUCUGCAUCUCACACCAUUUGGAACUGCCCUAAAAUUAUGCCUUGUUGGAUUUCUUUGUGUGCUUCAUUUAACUUGGAUCCAAAUGUUUUAGCUAAGUUUGAUACUGGUAUUUGGCUUACUAAUAGAUUUGUUUCUAAGAACUCUGAUGCUUUUUUCAAAGCGCUUAUUGCAAAUUUAGCCUGGAUCAUUUGGAAGGAUCGGUGUAAUUUAAUCUUCAAAGGUUGGCAACCCAAAUACCAUUCCAUCUUUGGAAGGGCUUGGUCCUACUGCACAAACUUCUUCAAUUCUAUUGCCAAAAACAUCAUGGAGUACUCUAUUCCUUCUUGCCCUUUGAAAAAUAUUAGUCUCUUUACUGAUGCUUCUUGGUCUGAUUCUUCUCCUGUGAGCUGUGGAUUAGGUUUUAUUGCCAUCUCAAAUGUUGGUCAAGUAUUGCUUGCUGGUGCAAUGGGCUGCAGCUCUGUCUCUCCCAUUUCAGCGGAGAUUGCAGCCAUUCUCUUUGCUCUUGACCAGUGUAUUGUCCGUCUGAUCAAUCACUUCGAUAACUGCGUGGCGUGGCACUACAAGCGUGAAAUUGACAGCCUCAAAUCCAGGAUUAUCAACACUUGUUCCGCUAUCAAGACCAUUCCCCGGACUGAAAAUCUACUCGCUGAUGCUUUGGCUCACUUUGGACGUUCAAACCCUCAUCUCUCCCUGUUCUCUCAGGGAUUAGACCGCCCCAGAUGGCUUGAGGAUCUUUGCCUAAGCCUAAAUCUCUUCUUCUAA